AUAAAAGUGCAGAAAGUGUUAAUAAAGCAGAAGACGGCGUAGGAAGCGAGGCAUUCCUUCACGGGGUGCUACACUUCGCCGCUGCUGCCUUUUUCCCUUCGUUGUCACUCUUCGUCAUUCAAAACCAGAACUCUUACAAAGUUCAGACUGUAGUGGCUUUGUUAACUAUUGUCGCUAAAAAUGAAGUCGAUCUACAGGACAGCGUUUCUGCUUGCAAGUAUCGCUGUAGCGCAUGCAAUUACAACAGAGGAUUUGUACCCGUUUCAAACUACUGAAGACCGCAUUAUACAGAGAGGGGACACAUUAUCGUCGAAAAAAGUUGACUUGAUUAUUCCUGCCAAGUUUUACGAUACGGAAUAUAGUUCUUUGUGGGUGAACACGGACGGAUUUAUCUCAUUUGAAACUGACUCAUCGGACGUCAGCAACGAUGACUUCCCAUUUAAAGAAGCAUUGCUCGCUCCUUACAUGGCGAACUUGGACACCACCCAUGUUGGAGCUGUGUAUUACCAAGAACACAUGAGCAGCGACAUUUUGUCCCGGGCCACUGCCGACGUCCGCAGAGCAUUCCCUGUGGCAGCUGCGACGUUCACUGCCGAAUCUGUUUUUGUUGUGACUUGGUACCAAGUUGAAGGACGGUCGCUGGAGGGCGAUGUUGCCACAUUCACAUUUCAAGCAAUAUUGGUGUCGAACGGCGUGGACACAUACGCUAUAUUUCUCUAUCCACAAAAGGGUAUGGCUGUAUUGCGUGAGGGCGCUCGACCAAAAUCAACUGUUUUUAAAGCAAGAGCUGGAUUCAAUCAGGGCAACGAUGAUCGAUAUUUGGAAAUGUAUCCAGUGGACAGUCUAAUCGAUUUCAGAAACACUUGGAACAACGGUGAAUGGAUUUUCCAAGUCGGGGGUGACGGGGUUCGUAGAUCACGUGACGUGGUUCCGCCUGAGUUGGUACGUAACGUUCGUCAAGCAGGCAGCAUUAUCAACGUACAGGAUAUUAACCUCGGAGGCGAAUCGCCAAACUAUGAAGACGUUUCCAUCUCCAACCCACAAACCCAUGAUUAUUGCGCAAGAGACCCCAACGCAUGUACAGCAGAAAACUCGGUUUGCGUGAACCACGAUAACGGGUAUUGCUGUAAAUGUCAAAGUACCACUUACGGAAACGGAAAAGUGUGUUUGGUGAAAGACGAACCAAUCCGUGUGAACGGUAACGUUACUGGUACAGUUGAUGUGAGGUCUUCUGAUGGACGAAUCAAUCGGGUGUCAGUUUCAAACGUGGAUUUCCACUCUUAUGUUAUAACCAACCAGGGCCGAGCUUAUACUGCUAUAAGCGACGUUUCCCCGAUGCUUGGCAGUGCCUUGCAACCUAUUUCAGCCAUUGGAGAUAUCAUUGGAUGGCUGUUCGCCGUUACAGACGAUUCGACAGUAAAUGGCUUCCAAUACACCGGUGGCAGCCUACAAAGAAGGGUAUCACUCACUUUUUCGAAUAGUGACUACAGAUUUGAUAUGCGACAGCGUUUCGUUGGUGUUACACAAAUGGACGGUGAGAACGUAGUGGUUGCGCACACCAACUUCGUUGGAUCACUUCCGCAAAUUGACGCUGAUGCCGAACUUACUAUGGCCGAUUACACUGAAACUUACGUUAAAGAAGCGCCAGGACGAAUUUCGAGCUCUGCUACAAGGUCUUACAAAGUGAACAAUGUUACACACACUUACGAUGUAUCUCAGACUAUUAUCUACAGUGAGUGCCAAUCUGCACUUUCAAAUGUGCCUGUAAACCUUCAACUUGAAGUGACGGGAAACUUCCUUGGUUACAACGCCAAUGAAGAAAUUGUUCGAUAUGCCAUGAAUAACCGUGUAACAUCAUCCGGAACUGGCGGUGGUGGUUCGCAGGCUGUACACCCGUGUGAUAACGGGAAUCAUGAUUGUCAUCCGAAUGCCCAGUGUGAGCCUCGUGGCGGUUUGGAGUUUUCUUGCCGGUGUGCGAGAGGUUUCGCCGGUGACGGUUACGUUUGUGACGAUUUCGACGAAUGCGUGUCACGCCCGUGUGCUUACGGCGCAUUGUGCUCUAACUCAAUCGGUUCUUAUUCCUGUGAAUGUCCUCCUGGACAGGCACUGAAUGAAGACGCAACAGAAUGUAUAAGUGUAGAAACGACAAGAGAUCCAUGUGAAACACCAGGUCUAUGUCUGGGUGGAAGGUGCAUGAGUCUUGGUGAUACAUACAGAUGUAUCUGCCCUGAUGGUUACUACUUUGGCCAAGAUGGUUGCAGAGAUUUGGACGAAUGUCGUGAAAAUCGUCACAACUGUGCGGUGAACGCUGAAUGUAUGAACAAUGAUGGAAGCUUUGCUUGUAUUUGCAACCCAGGGUAUAAUGGAGAUGGUGUUACUUGUCAAGAAAACAUAGUCAUACCACCAACUACACAUCGAACUGCCUGCCAAGCACAAUAUGAUGAGGUGGAGGAAUAUAUCCGAACACAUUCAAACUUACAAGAUGGACCAGAGCACCCAACAUGCAUGCCUGAUGGUACUUUUGCCCCACGACAGUGUAAUGGUUUCACGCAAGUCUGCUGGUGUGUUGAUCCUGAUAGUGGAGAUGCGAUUCCAGGGACCAUGACGCAACCUGAUCAAGGUUAUCUUCUUGAUUGCACAGUUCCAAUUGAGCAACCAGAAAGGCCACCAGAUGAUCUGACUUUGUGCCAAGCUGAUAGAUGGGAAGCUGAACAGAGCAAAUCAAGAGUUACAGCUACAGGGGAGACAGUGUUCUCUCCACUUUGUACGGCUGCUGGGGCUUACGAACCACUACAGUUCCACACUGAAGGAUAUUUCACUUGUGUAGAUUUUAAUGGAGUUGAGGUUUCCCGUCAUGAAAGCCAAGUUGACUGUUUGACUCAGUGCAAAUUGGAAGAGUAUUAUGCUGAAACUGACAAUCUGUUUGCUGGAACUUCCAAGUUUGUCCCACAAUGUGAUGAAAAUGGUGGAUUUAGCCCUGUACAGUGCGAUUCUGCUUCACGAACAUGUUACUGUGUUGGACAAAAUGGACAAGAAAUUCCAAACACAAAAAUAACAACAGAUAACCCAGAAUCAAUUACAGCUGACAGAUUAGAAUGCGACAGAUUCAAUCCAUCACGCGUUACAACAAAUGCUGCAGCUCAGCUUAUUUACGCUCAAGGCAUGGGAGUGAAUUCUAUUCUGCUGCCUGUGACUGCUGACAGUUCAUCCCGGACUCUUCAUUCAAGAUAUGGUAGAACCGCCAUUGGGGUGGCAGUGGACUGCGCAAACCAGAACUUUUAUUGGACAGACGCAGCUGGUAGAAGCAUAUUCAUGGCACCAAUCAGCGAUCCAAACUCUAAGCGCAGUUUUGCCCGUACUGGAAUCAGAAGUCCUGAAGGAAUCGCCGUCGAUUUCAUUUCUGGCAAUGUGUUUUGGACGGAUUCUGGAUUGGAUCGAAUUCAAGUUGCCAAAGCUGAUGGGUCUAACCGGGCUGUUCUGGUUUCAUCUGGUUUGGUCAACCCAAGGGGAAUUGCUGUUGAUCCAUUUGGAGGGAAAAUGUACUGGGCUGAUUGGAACCGUGCUGACCCUAAAAUCAUGGUAGCCAACAUGGAUGGUACGAAUGCUGAAGUAUUGAUACGUGAAGGAUUGAAACUGCCGAAUGACAUCACUAUUGAUCAAUUCUACAGAAAACUUUGCUUAAUCGACGCAGGAACUAAGAAAAUUGAAUGCAUGAACUUGGAUGGAACCCAACGUUCAGUUAUGUAUGAUAUUAGUCGUGAGUCUGGUGGAACACAAGAACCAUUUGGACUUGCUGUAGAUGGUUCCAUGCUCUACUACACAGAUAGAAGAGGUGAAAGAGUUUAUGCGAUAAACACAUUGAAUGGAGAAAGAUUCAGUGUGGUUGGACCAGUAGGAUCCCAUGGGAAUAUGUAUGGAAUAUCUGUUGUGCAUUCUCAAUGUGCUAGUGGAUACAACGCAUGCAGCAUAAACAACGGUGGGUGCGCACAUUUGUGUAUUCCAAUUCCAAACGGCAGAACGUGUAAAUGCCCCGCCAACGUGCCCGACUGCGUAGAGCAAUGAUCUGUUUAUGAAGAAAUCGGACUUUUUGAAAUACCAAUUUCAACUGUACAAAAUUGAAAGCACUUUCUUAUUCCUAUUUGCUUGAUCAGCAGCCGCUACUUUAGGAAUAUUUCGCUUUGUAGAUACGAAUAUUAAUACGGAAAGUUUGCUAAAACAUCCAAUGCUUUCUAUGUUUCUAACUACUCGUUAUUAAUCAAUGACGUUAUUCAAGUUUUCGCUUUGCGUCAUCACUCGUUUUGAUUCGUAAAAAAUAAUAAUAAAAUGUGCUUUAGACGCAACUCAUAGCGUUGACAGCGCAAUUCUAACAAUAAACUGAAUAAAAUGUGGU